AUGACUUGCAAAGUCGGUUCUGCUAAUCCUGAUAUCGCGGGACUGGGGUCCCCCGUCUUAUCUGUAGACCGGGUUAGGGCGGUUGUAUUUCGCGACAACCCCAAGGAAUUGGCUCUCGACCAAGCCAUCACCAUGCAUUUGCAAGAAAUUCAUCACGCCCAGUCGACGUUUUUUAAAAAUGUACUGAGCAAGUGUCAUUCGAAGAUGUUCACCCAAGGUCCGCCUCGAGCACCAAUAAAUGCCACUCCAAACCCCAUGCCGCCCCUUGUGACGUACAAGUCGUCAACGCAAUUGGCCUACUUCUAG